GUAUACAUAAGACUUAAUGCAAAUGAUGAAUGAUAAGAUUAAUAAUUUGUUAAAGUAAUUAAUUAGGAAAUAUUGAUAUGUUUAUAGAAUUAUGCACGUCGUUUAAUAUAUUGUAAUUAUGGAGGAAAAGACUCAGAUACAAGAGGAUAAUGACAACAAAGAUAAAAAUGCUGCCAUUAAAAGUACAAUUCCAUUAAUUAAAGAUUUAUUUCAUGUGCAUGGAAAAGUUGGUGAAGGGACUUUCAGUUCUGUGUUUUUAGCUACUUUAAAGUCUUCUGAUGGUUCUAAAAAAUUUGCAUUAAAACAUUUAGUUCCUACUCGACAUCCAGAAAAGAUUGAACGAGAAUUACAAUGUAUGCAACAGAUAGGAGGAAAAGAUUAUGUGGUUGGAUUAGAAUUAUGUUUACGAAAUUUUGAAACAGUAAUUUUUGUAAUGCCAUAUAUGCGACAUGAUAAAUUCUCGGAAUAUGUACAAGAUUUGACUGUUCAGGAAACUAAAGAUUAUAUGAUAGCGUUAUUGACUGCAUUAAGAAGGGUCCAUCAAUUUAAUAUAAUACAUAGAGAUGUGAAACCCAGUAAUUUUUUAUAUGAUCGGUGCAAUAAAAGAUACUUAUUAGUUGAUUUUGGAUUAGCACAAGAAUACAUACCAGAAGAAAAACCUAAAAAUCAUAAAUCAGCUAAUUCUGCAGUACAUUCGCUUAAGCGGAAACGAUCAGACGAAAACGAUUUUAAUUUUUCUCUAAGUAGUAGAAAAAAGGUUACUGGAGAGAAAUGUUAUUGUUUUGGAAAACCAAAAGUUUGUUCAUUGUGUACAUCAAGACCAGACCAGACGGCUCCAAGAGCGGGUACUCCAGGAUUUCGUGCUCCUGAAGUUUUAUUGAAGCAUCUUUCACAAACACCAGCGAUUGAUAUUUGGGCAAGUGGAGUAAUGAUGCUGUGCAUUCUUAGUGGUACUCAACCAUUUUUUCAUUCUCCAGACGAUUGCACAGCUUUAGCAGAAAUAACAACUGUAUUUGGAUCUCAGAAGAUGCAACAGUGUGCACACAAAUUAGGAAAAAAAAUUAUCUUUAGUGAAGAUAUACCAGGAAUUGAUAUUGUGUCCUUAUGUCAGAAAUUACAAAAAAGAAAUAAAAAUUUAUUAAAUAAUAGAAACCAUAAUUUUUACGAAAAGGUAUCAUCAGGCGAUCAAUUUCCAAAAGAAGCUUAUCACCUUUUAUUAAGACUGUUGGAUUUAGAUUACAAAACACGUUUUACUGCAGAUGAAGCUUUAAAUCAUCCAUUUUUAAAAUUGUAAUGAAAAUAACCCUAAUCCCUGUUUUUAACAGAUUAAUGGGGAAAAGGUAUAUUAAAACAACAUUGUACAAAUUUACUGAAACAAAUUGCACAUUAUGAAAUUUGUAUAUACAUAUUCCUGUAUACGGUCAUAUAUAAUACAUAAUUAUUUAUACAAAAUAAAUAGUUUAGGCCUUCAAACAUUAAAUAAAUAAUUUUAUCAUGUUAUGUAACAAUGUUGUAUAAUAUAAAGUUGUUAAUAAAUGCAAUAUUUUUAUAAUA